CAAGCCGGUAUUCUUCCCAUUCACAUUUCACUAAAGCUGCCUUUAAUCUCUCUUUCAAUUAUGGAGAUCGCUUUGAAGUCAUUUGCAGUGGUGUCCUUCCUGCUGUUGGUUUCCCUAUCCACUGGAUGUGACCCGCAACUUUGUCAACAACACUGCUCUAGUCAGGGUUUGCCAACAUGCUGCGAAGGUCCGAGUUUCCCGUGUCUUUGCCAAGAAAUUUGCCCACGUAAUCGUAUUAUGAGUGGUCCUCCUGUAGUGAAUGCUCUAGGAUGUGACCCGCAACUUUGUCAAGCAUACUGCAAAAGUCUGGGUUUGCCAUGGUGCUGUUCAGGACUAUAUGGACCGUGUCUUUGCCAAGGACCUUGCCCACUUGCAGACUCUGUUCCAACAAAAAUUACUGAGGAGGCAAAGGCUGGUGCGACAGACAACGAACCUUUCAUCGAGGAGAUAGUAAUCGCUUGAUGCUUUUGUGCAAAUGCCUGGUUGAGUCAAUAAACUUGUAGAUCUCUGUUUGGAGAUCUCUUUAAUUAAAUAAUCUGUGGUCUUUGUUUGGGGACUACUUUGUGGAAGUGUACCCGUCUUUAAUUACAAGUAUUAUGUUGUAUAUUUUAAUAAUUUUUGUUGUCUUCU